AUGGCCAUGCUCAGAGUGUCGUCUUACCGCAAGCUGUUUGAGGACGACAGCUGGAGUCGAAACGGAGGGUUGAGCAUGCGGUGUGCAGGGCAGUACCGGGCCUCUGUCAGGGCUGCUCCUGUUGACGAGUGCCAUUGUGGCAAGUUAGACUUUGCAGCUGCCAAGGCUCUGAACAAAGAAGGUCUGGAUCUGUUUGUCCAGGACCGCACAGUCAUUGCUGCCCUCAAUGACCGCCUGGUCAGGCUGAUUGAGCUGGCCCGUUGUUUUGAGGAGGAGAACGAGUCUCUGGAAUGUCAGAUCAUUGAGCUGGAGGAGAAGCUGAACAGUCGGCAGACCCCCUCCAGCAUCACCUCCACUGUGGCGGUGCCCGACCACAGCCUGGGUGCAGCGGUGGAAAGAGUGCGCAAGCAGAGGGAUGAGAUUCUGAGUGACACAGACGAGCUGCAGCAAGAGCUUCAGCUUCUGAGGAAAGACUACGAGAAGGCUUCACAGCAGAGGAUCCUCAUCCAGCAGAAACAAGAUGAUGUUGCUGAGGAAGUGGAUGCUGUGACAGCAGAGUGUUUGGCUCUGAGGGAGCAAGUGGCUAUCUAUGAGCAGCAGCUGGCCAACAUGAAGACCCAGCACAGGACGGCAGUGGAGGAUCUGCUGGAACCCAAUGCUGGGACCACGGGGGCAGCAGUGAUUAAAUUUGGCAGCCCUGACAUCGCUCCGGCCUUGGAUGUAAAAAAGUACUACUGCCAGCUGGCUGAGGCGCUCCAGUAUGAGUGUGGUGCAGCCUCCUCUGCUGUGGUCUGCGGUGGUGAUGGAAAGGAAGUGGAAGUGGAAGGAACUGCAGGGUCAACGGUCAAAGACUUGACAAAGAUAAAGGACGUUGGUGAGAUAAAGAUGCUGAUUUCAGAGCUACUGAAGGAGCUUGAUGAGCUUGAGAAGCAUAACGAGGAGCUGGAGGACGAGGUUGAAAUGAAGAAGGCUGCAUACAGGGAUGAGAUAGCUGAUUUGGAGGGUACUAUAGAUGAAAUGAGGCAGCAGAAGGACAACCUCCAAGAACAGAUGAAGGAGCAGUGUGAAGACUAUAAGUUCCUGCUCACUGAGAAGAUGGCCAGAGACAUGGAGAUUGCUGCCUACAGGAGUCUGGUGGAGGAAGAGGAGGAGAGACUGUGCAGCCUGUGACUUAAGCCUGAAGAGUCAGAUUGGCUGGCCUGAGUGUGGCUGUGCUCACCAAUACAGACAAAAGGGAAACACGUAAAAACAGACCCCAAUUCAGCACUUCGAUGAAGCUUAACGUAGCGAUGCAGCAAUUUGAGCAGAUGUAAACUUAGUAUGACAGAUUAAUGCUGUCUGGAGGCCUACAGUAAGCCGGGCCAUUGAUUACAGGUCUCUGGCAGAUGACCCUGAUACUCCAAGAAAGAUGGAGCUGUCUAAAACUUGUGGGAGGAUGGGAGCUGUGCAAUGAAUGUGUAUCCAUUCAGCGUCUGGAAGGGAUAGUUCCUUAAGUGGGGUUUUAUCUUUACCAGCUCUCUGAUAUGACUCAUAAAUGCUUUGUCCCCUCUUUGUUGAACAAGACUCACACGCAAUCACAGAUAAGGACACACAGACACACACACACACACACACACACACACACACACACACACACACACACACACACACACACACACACUGUGCGGCUCCGUAGAGUCAUUCCCGCCCUGAUAUCACCUUGUCCAUCACUCAGACUCCGUCUGGCUCUUAACCUGUGACCUCGUCACUGUUAACAAACAUACUGACGGCUCUUUGUUCAGUAACUAAAAGCAUCUCACCUUCCCUUUGCUUUCCCAGUCAUACAGUUGUGUUGGUUUUGAUGGUCAGGAGUGCAGUGUGCUGUGUUUGCUUUUCAAAUGGUUCAUGAAGUUGUUUUUCUGCAGCUCUUUCAAAAUGAGCACCUGGAUCUUUCCACAAGAAAAACUCUGUGUGAUUAAUCAUUUCUUCUUUCAAAAGCAGUGUCCCAAUUUGCCGUCAUUUCGGAAAUAAGCAUUCGGUAAUACAUUCCCCAGUAAUCUUUUCCUUAUUUUCUACACAAUGUUAAAGCUGUCUGUGAUAAAUCACUUUUGGUUGCUGCCUCUGCACAAGCAUCAAAAUGUACUUUAGAUUUAAAUUGAAUAAAACUAGUUGCUUUA